UCUAUAUUUCAGGGAUUAGUUCGAGACUGACUUUCGUUCGAUUCAGAGGCUGCGCUUGAAAAUGCUGACAAAAUACUUGGGAUUCCUCUUGCUGGCCCAGCUCGUGCUAGCGGCGCCCAGCCAACCCAGUCAGGAGUCGGUGGAUCUCAACGAUCCAGUCCAAAGGGAUCUGCAACAGAAGGCCAAGCUGGAGACAGUCCAUCUGUAUGAUUCGCUGUUCCGCUCCCAAAUCGCCUACUUCACAGAGGUCAGGUCCCACCUGAGCCCUCAGACGAAGAGGUUCCGUGACAUAACCCUCUACUUGACCCGUCUCAACCAAGCCAUAGCCCAGGAAGGUCUGGAGGCCAAGGAAAAAAUCUGGUUCGACGUUUUCGAAGAGUUCAAGGAAUCUCCUCUGCUGCUGAACCGGGAAUCCGAGACGAACCUCAGCGAUGUGCAGUACAAGCUCCUGCUGACUGGAAAGAAGCUACAGGACAUAUCCUCACAGUUCCUGGCGGAUGUCGGAGGUUACGUUUGGAAUAUGGCCAAGUUUAGUGGCAAAGUCGUUGAGAAUCACAUAGACGGUCUGGCGAAAGCCUCCCAGACCUAGUUUUUAUUUCCAAAGAAAAUUAAUAAACGGCGAAACUGUUUCUUUAA